AUGGCGGAUCAAGACGAGAUCCGUGGGAAUUCGGUUUAUCAGGUUGAACAGCCUGUUACCGAAACAUCCUCACCAAUUGAGAAGCCUGUUGAUGCGAAGGAACAGAAGAAGACGGGUUUGAUGGCUAAAAUUGGAAGAAUGGUGAACCAAGAUAUCCGGGAGGAAAUGCCCGCAUACAAAGAUAUCGAAGUCCACACCUGGGACGGCCCCGACGAUCCCGAUAACCCGUUCAACUGGAGCCUUAAAUAUAAAUGGCUGCUAACACUCACCGUAUGCUUCAUCUCCAUCUUGACCGGUCUCCCCGCAGGAACCUACGGCUCCGGCAAUGACUGGAUGGAGAAAGAAUUCCACGUCCAGAACGACCCUUUCCCAAACCUAUACUGGGCCACCACAUCCUGGAAUAUGGGUGCUGCGUUCUGGCCACUGAUAUUUGUUCCUCUGACAGAAGCCUCCGGCCGCAUGCCAGGAUACUUCGUCGCAUAUGUGAUCCUUGUCAUAUCUCUCUUCCCGUCCGCGUUCGCAAAGAACUUCGCGACCCUAGUCGUGACAAGGUUCUUCGGCGGCGGUGCUUCUUCCGUUUCGAUUAACAUCGUUGGCGGAAGUAUCUCCGAUGUAUGGUUCGGCGAUCAUGCUCGCAGUCUACCAAUGUCUAUCUUCGGAUUCACCAGUGUUGUGGGUAUUGCACUUGGCCCAUUCAUCGGGUCUGCUAUUGUACAAAUUCAGAGAUCCCAGCCGUGGCGUUGGAUUUUCUAUGUGCAAAUAAUCUACAAUGCAGCCUUAAUCCCGGUCUUCUGGCUAAUCCUCCGCGAAACCCGACCCGACGUGAUUCUCAAAAAGCGCGCACGCAAGAUCCGCAAAGAAACCAACCGCCCCGUCUACGCGGCCUCCGAAAUCGACGCCCCAAGCAAACUCCGCCUCCUCAAAAUCUCCUUCCAACGCCCAACAAACAUGCUCCUCACCGAACCAGUCGUAAUCUUCUUCACAUUAUGGAUCAGUUUCGCCUGGGGAAUCCUCUACCUCUUCUUCUCCAGCGUCGUUCAAACCUACUCAACAAACUACGGCUGGGGCACGCUCUCAACAGGCCUAGUACAACUCGCCAUCUCCGUAGGCGCGAUCAUUGGAACAGCCAUCAACCCACUGCAAGACUGGUUCUAUCUCCGCUCUGAGCGACGGAACACUGAGAAACCUGGAAAACCCAUCCCCGAGGCGAGAUUGUACACCUCCAUCCCGGGUAGUUUGCUCUUUGCGGGUGGAUUGUUCUGGUAUGGCUGGGCUAGUCAACCUGAUAUUCACUGGAUCGUGCCUACUAUUGGUAUCACGGCAGCGGGUAUUGGGAUUUAUUCGAUUUAUAUGGCUGUUGUUAAUUAUCUGACUGAUGCUUAUGAGAGGUAUGCGGCGUCUGCUUUGUCGGCUGCUUCGCUUGGAAGGAAUGCUUUUGGUGCAUUUUUGCCGCUUGCUUCGCCGCAGUUGUUUAGUAAUCUUGGAUUUGGGUGGGCUGGAACCUUGCUUGGGUUUAUUGGGGUUGCGUUGUCUAUUGUUCCUGUUGUUUUGGUUUGGAAGGGAAAGCAGAUUCGGGCUAGGAGUACGUUUAUGAGAGAGGCUAUGUGGGAGCCUGAGGAGAAGGUUGAGGUUGAUCGGACUGGGAAGGGGGAUAUGGGGCAUACAGAGGGAAUUGCGUGA